CUCCUAAAAGGGCACUACCAGCGUUAGGAACCUUAUUGAAAGGUUAACCUCUACAUGAUAAGUUGAUAAGCUUAUUGAGGCAAUGUCAUGAAAUGAUACACAGCACCUGGCUGUAAUAAUCUGGCCAUUUUAUUAGAUCAUACCUGACUAUCUAUCCACUUGAAAUUAAGGACUGAGAGAGUACGUGAAAUAGGUGACGAAAACCAUUAGAAUUCAUUAGAUGCAUGAAAAUAGUCUACAUAUGAGGAAAAUUAUGAGUCAAUAUGUGUCAAUAUGUGAGCAUACAUGUGAACAUUUUUAAGAUAAGUUCGCAGGCACAUUCACAGAACUUGAAUGGUUGACUUAUUUCCUUGGCGACCGCUAAAAUGAAAGUCAGAUGUUAGGAGGAAGUGGCCAGACCACUGCACAUUGUCCUGAAGCGGAACCAGUCGACAUCUCGGAUGCUUUGUCGACAACAACUGCGGGUGUAAGCUGCACUUGUAGGCUCUGGCGUUGAGGGUUUAGGGAUUUUAGCGAUGGAGGACAGUGCUGGAGUUCUGGCUCUGCAGGACUACAUCAAAAAUGUGGAUCCAUCGUCCUUACCGCGCAUUCUGCAGGUCUGCUCCGGAGUUUACUUCCAAGGCUCUGUGUACGAGAUCUCAGGGAGUGAGGUGUGUCUGUCUACUGGCGACUUGGUGAAGGUUACGAGUUUCGAGAUCUUGUCUGUGUCUUGUGAGGACAUAAGCAAUAACACCACAUUUGAGCUGCCCCUCGACCAUUCGGGUCUGUUCACACUGGUUCCUGAGGAUCUACCUUACAGUACAAUAGAGGAGAUGGUAGGCCUGCUACCUGUUGGUGUGGAUGCCUUAGGCUCCUUCAUCUUCUUCAGCAAUAAUGAGCUGACCAUUGAGAACCUCACAGUGCCGGCUGGAACAAAGAUGACCCUUCUGUCUGUGGAUCUCAAUAAGGAUGGGGAGAGUUUUGCUCGCUGCAGGCUAACGGGUCAGCAGGAAGCCUCUGCAGAAGUGUACAUACCCUUCUCCUAUCACGGAGACUUCUAUGAAUGUCAGAAUGACCGUGGCUACUCCCUUCAUGAGAUCAUGUCCUCAGCCAGGCUGUGCAGGAGACGGUUCUAUAGGACAAAGCCAAAAAAAUGUGGCAACCCCCUGAUUUUUAGCCCAAUCUAUCAAAUCCAAGGCAUCAUGCACCUGAGAAAGAACAUAGUGAAGUUUCCCUCCAGCCUGGAAGUGGAUGUAAUUGACGUGACUGAGCAAUGUAAACAUUUAACAUUUGUAACUCCACUAUCUCUAGCUGAGGUAGCUGCUCAGCCAAAGGAGGCCUUUCCUACUAUGGCAGAGAUCUUGGAGGGACCUGAGGCUAAUCCCUACUUUUGCUGCAGCUGGUUCAAAGAGCUACAAAAAUGCAAGCAUCUUGUGCUGCAUGGGUGCAAUAAAACAUGCAUGGUGUUAGCAUGUACCCCGAAGGGGAGAAAAACUCAGCAGUACUUCCUGCUUUCUCAGGACUAUGGUGGCCAAAUACGGAGAAGAGCAAGGGAGUUUAGCUCAGUGUAUGAAGUGUAUGUGGCAUUCUCUAGCUCUCCAGGACUGAGAGUAUCUGUGACAAGGCACUGUGAGGCAGUUGAGGAGGAAGGAGUGCCUGCUCUCAGUGUUGGGGAACAGCUGGAGGUUCUGAGAGUGCAGACAGCAAACAGGUCAGGAAGAGAGUUAGGUGAUCCACAAGGUGUGGACGGCCUGAUCUGCAAAAGGAUUGAGGAUGAGGAUGAGGAUGACGACGACGACGAGGAUGAGGAUGAGAGUGAGAGAGAGAGUGAGGUCUGGCUCCCUCUAUUCACUCUAGCCAACUUUGUGGAGAAACUUUCAGACAAGAAAAAGUAUAGUUUAGCCGAACUGUGCAAGAACUUCUCCUUUCCUCUGGACGUCAAAGUGGUGAAUCACGAUAAAACACUGGACAAAGAUCCGCUGGCAGGUUUAGCAGCUCUCAGACUGGAAGAAUCUCUAGAAGAGACCACUGUGCUUGCCAGCUUGCCUGAUACUCCAGAGCAAUGCUUUGAAUUGCCUCUUCGCUGGCUGCAAAUGUCUCUCUCCUUUGUGUUAGACCCCUUACCCUGGCCUGAGAGCAAGAACCCAAAGGUUCACCUACAGACUGUCACCGAAGUAACAGAGUACUUUUAUCAUGAAUAUCAUAAGCUUACCACAAAACCUAUGGCUCCUCCUCCACGUCCUCCUAAGCGCAAAUCAUUGUCCUUACAAUCACAAAAAGGGUGUGUUACACAUAAAGAUGCCACUCUGCAGGUCAAAAGUAGCCACCCCAUUGCAAAAGUGGACAGUUCAUCUCUGGACCAAACAAAACGCAGACCACCUCCACCACCACCAAAUGAAACAGAAGAUGUACCCCCGCCUUUGGUUCCUAGAAAGUCUGUCUCAGAGAGUUUGGCCAUACUUAAUACAUAUGUGCUGUCCCCAAGGAAACCUAAUGAAAAGCCACAUAAAUCAGAAAGGAAAUCCUCAGACAGCGAUCAUGACUAUGAACCUGUGGAAGACAUGCUAAAUGCUUUUGAUCAUAUCAUGUUUUACUAGCCCUUUAUAAUUUUGAAAAUUACACUCACCAAAAACCACAUUAGAGAUAAACAGUGUUGUGGUGUGAAAUGUAUAAUGUACAUAAUGAGAUUGUGUUUUAACUUCCUUUUUUAUUAGACAGUAGGAAAAAAAGAAAUAGUAACAUCUAAAGAAGAAAAAAAAAGACAUUUAAACAUUUAUUUAAGGAAAUAAAUUUUUUAAAGGACACUGUGUACAUUAAUAUUAAAAUGUUUAUCAAAAGA